AUGUCAGCUGCUAAUGGAACCUCAUCACUGAUAAACCCUUCGUCAGGGGAAAAAUUUAAUCCUGGUGCUGUAGUGGCAGUCGGUAGACAUAAAGUUGAAAUCAUCAAAUAUCUCGCUGAAGGUGGAUUUGCUCAGAUUUAUUCUGUUAAUUUCAUCGAAUAUUUGAACGAAUUUAGUAAUGAACCUGAUAGUACAGAAGAUUCAAAUAUCGAUGAAUUUCAACAAUUCAAAUUAGAACCUGGAAAUUUAGCUUGUUUGAAAAGAGUAAUGGUUCCAGACGAAAAUGGUUUGAAUGAAUUGAGAAAUGAAGUCAACGUAAUGAGGAAAUUGAAAGGUACUCCAAACAUCGUUCAAUAUUACGAUUCAAAUGCAUCGCGUCGCCAUGACGGCAACCCAGGGUUUGAAGUGUUAUUAUUAAUGGAAUUGUGUCCAAAUAAUUCUCUACUAGAUUAUAUGAAUCAAAGAUUAACUACAAAAUUAUCUGAGAAAGAAAUUUUAAAGAUAAUGUAUGACGUUACUCUCGGGAUUUCACAAAUGCAUUAUCUUCAAAAACCUUUGAUCCAUAGAGAUAUUAAAAUUGAAAAUGUCCUAGUGGAUUCGUCAAAUAAUUUCAAAUUAUGUGAUUUUGGAUCCACCUCAGCAUGUUUCCCCAUUGUAACUAGCCAUCAAGAAAUUGCAGUUCUUACACAAAACAUUUAUGUCCAUACAACACCGCAAUAUAGAUCUCCUGAAAUGAUUGACCUUUAUAGGAAUUUACCAAUUGAUGAAAAAUCAGAUAUUUGGGCCCUGGGUGUGUUUUUAUACAAAUUACUUUUCUACACUACGCCUUUCGAAAUGACUGGUCAAUUUGCAAUUUUACAUUCUAAAUAUGAAAUCCCACCAAAUAAUUAUAGCUCAAGAUUAAUUAAUUUGAUAAUCAUCAUGCUUGCAGAGAAUCCUAAUCUAAGACCAAAUAUUUAUCAAGUCAUGCAUCAAGUCUGUAUAACGAUCGGCAUAGAACCACCAAUCAAAGAUAAAUACGAAAUGGGACCCUAUGAUUUCGAAAAUUACACUCAUUUCCAAAAUAAGUUACAAAAUAUUCAAUAUAAGAUAUUUCUGUUGCAAAGAAAAAAAAUUGAAAAUAACGGUAAAUUGAGUUUCGAAGAUACUAACCUUCUAAACGAAUUAUUUGCAACUUUAUUCGAUAUAUCUGCAACAAUCCCCUCAGAGGUUAGGAUACCUUCACAAUCUCCUAUUACAAUUCCAGAAGAUGCCAGGAAAAUUGAUGAAAGGAAUAUCAUUUUCACAGAGAAUCAGUCCCCAAAUGACAACCUUUUGAGCAAUGUUCCAGGAGGUGAAGAUUUAUUGCAAAUAGAAGAUACUCAAACCCAAUUCCAACCAUCAUCAAUAAAGAAUGAAACUGAAUCAAAAAAUGAGGAUCAUUACUACCCAACUGUGGGCGAAGUCGAUCAUUUUUUUGAUAGUGAAUUGAAGAAGAGAGAACAAGAACAACAACUACAAGAUAGUCAAAAUAUCCCUAAUGCAUCAUUUCCUCAAGUACAAGAAAAUCUAAACGCAAUGUCCCUAUCCGAAGCUCAACCAAAUUCUGCUCUUUACACUGCUAUGCCCCAAGAAAGACAAAAUUUACAAAUACCUCCCAAUCAAGAAGUAUAUCAGCAAGGACUAAAGCAACACAAAUCAAACAAUCCAUUUCCAAAGAUGGGCUACACUGCACAGGUUAAUCAGAAUGAAGGUGUGAAAAAUAAUGCCUACUUCAUUGAAACACAAAUUGUAUCGCAAACACAACCCCAACAACAAUUUCAACCAAUUCUUCCUCCUCAGGUUAAUCAGAAUGUUCCAUUUAUUCCUAGUAUGGAGCAAUCUCAACGAGGGAAUAAACCAAAUAGAACGGUAAAUUUGAAACCUAAUAAUCCAUAUACUUUACCGUCAUUUAGAAAUCCACCCCAUUCUUCCGAGCAAAACUUCAUGAACAGAACUUCUCUCGAUCCACAGCAAAAUAUAAAAGAAAGCUCUGCACCUCCGCCGAUUACAAAAAGGCCACAACCACAAAAGGAAUACACAAAGCCAAAUCCUCUGCCUCCUGAUACAGUGGGAAGAUCUCAGAACAGUGAUAUGUUAGCGAAGAAACUUGAGCAAAGCACUUCAGCUUCAUCUGCCAACGCCACCUCUUCUUCUUCUUCUUCUUCUGAUAAACUAUUUCCGGAAGAUGAAGAUAUACCACCUCCUGUCCCUCCUCACCCAAUGAUGAAAAGGACAAUCCAUGAUAAAUCAAGCUUAAAAAACCAUACACAUCUCAAGGAAGAACGUUCAUUGAUCGAUUUAAGCCCACCAAGAGAAGCAGGGAAAAGAAAAUCCAGUGAAAAAAAGAAUUCUCAUGUAAGAAGAAGUCGUAGUAUUGGAGGACCAAGACCACUAAAUGAGGCACCAACUACAGAGAGCAUUGAUAUUGAUUUGAAUGAAAUAAAAAGAAAGUCGCUUGAUUUGAGAAUGCAUCAAAAAAACACAAGUAAAUACACAUCUAACUUUCAAGGAAGGAGUAUUGAAGAAGGCCACAAGGAAAGUUCGAGUGAAAGUAGUAUCUCCGUUUCCGAAACAGAUCCGAAGGAAAUGCGAAGGUCAUUUAACAAAGCCCGUCAAUCUCUCGAUUUAGAUCGAAUUCGUAGAGAAGCAGCACUAAGCAGCAAUGAGACGGGUAAAAAACGUUCACUUUUCUCUGUAUUCAAAUCAGAUAAGAAGUGA